CGCUUAGGUCUCCUUCCGCCGCCAUCCUUCGUCCCGACCCAAGCUACAGCAUAAAGCCCGACUAAAAUAUGAGUUUCACAGUUGAAGAGAGGGGAAACCAGAACUCCCUAAACUACCGUUUGUUCUUCAAAAAUGCUGAAGGAAAGUACAUCUCACCGUUCCAUGACAUACCUAUGUACGCAGAUAAGAGUCAGAACAUCUUCCACAUGGUUGUCGAGGUACCAAGAUGGACGAAUGCGAAGAUGGAGAUCGCUACGAAGGACGUCUUGAAUCCAAUAAAGCAAGAUGUGAAGAAGGGGAAGCUGCGCUACGUCGCUAAUGUUUUCCCACAUAAAGGCUAUAUAUGGAACUAUGGAGCCAUUCCUCAGACAUGGGAAGACCCGGCGCACAAAGACGGAGACACCAACUGCUGUGGCGACAACGAUCCCAUCGACGUUUGUGAGAUCGGCAGCAAGGUGUGCUCCCGUGGGGAGGUGAUCAAAGUGAAGGUGCUCGGUAUCCUGGCCAUGAUCGACGAGGGUGAAACUGACUGGAAGGUGAUUGCAAUCAACGUGGAGGACCCUGAAGCCAAGGAUCUGAACGACAUUAGUGACGUCCGGCGCCUAAAACCUGGCUUUCUGGAAGCCACAGUCGACUGGUUCAGGAGGUACAAAGUGCCUGAUGGGAAACCCGAGAAUAGCUUUGCUUUCAACGAGGAGUUCAAAGACAAGGACUUUGCCGUUGAAGUAAUCAAGAGCACUCACAGCUUCUGGAAAGCACUUAUUUCCCAGCAGACUAAUGCUGGAGAGCUCAACUGCAAAAACACGUGCGUGUCAGCUGGUGACAGCCCGUACUGCUGCUCAGCCGAUGAGGCCAAAGCUGCUGUUGGUGAAACAUGUCCUUGUGGAAAGGAAGAGCCUAUCCCGUCACCAGUUGAUAAAUGGUUCUACUACGAGAGGAAGUAAUCCAGGACCCGCAUGAGUGUGGAGAAGAACUACAACUCAUCUGUGAUGAAAAUACUUGAAGAUGAACUUUUAUUAGGAACCAAUAGGAUGGCUGGGGGUGGUUGGGUCAGGGUGGUCUGUCUUCCUAUAGACAGAAGGGUAUGGUAGCUGUAAAUCCUGUAGAGAGGAGUCAUAAUGAGCUCGUAUUAACGUAUUUUACUCUUCCUAACAGAUCUCUUUAGAGGUAUGCUAUUUAACAAAAAGCAGGUGCUGUGUUUCACAGAAACUUGUGCUGUAUGAUGCUGACGCUUUAAUAAAGCUUCUCUGGUUAAAUUAUUA